AUGACCCAAAUCUACAUCAACCAGCUCCUCACAGAGGACAACAAGGUUGACGACGACAAGGUGCGCGCGUACACCAAGAUGCGCGUCGGCUCGUACCUCACCAGUCCGUUCAACAACGGGCCCGUGAACGGCACGUACAUGUGGACCGCCGACGAGUGGCGUGAAGUCAUCACGAGGAUCCAGGAGAUCACGAUGGAGGAGAAUGGUGGUCACCCGAUGGUGUAA